AUGGUGAAGACGAAGUCCAGCACACCCACCUCCACAGCUGGUGAAUUUCCUUUGUCUGUUCUCGUAGUUCUAACACCUAACCUGUCAAGUCAUUCCUCGUCAUUAGUCCAGGCAUACGAGAAGCUUUUGGAAGCGAUAAAUCGUAAUGGAAAUGUUGAAGUAGCCAAGAACGUGAAGCAGAGCCUGGACGACUGGCGUGAGCUUCAAAAGCUAUUUGAAGGAAAACAUCCUUCAGCAAAAGAGCUUGCGGGAAAAUGGGAGAGUCUGCAGUCUUCUAGUUCAAGUGCCUUUCAGAGUCUUACCACACUUAUUGUCACGGAUGAUGCUGAUUCCGAUUCUUCGACUUCAUCUGAUACUGCUUCAAAGAAAGCUGCAUCUUCGAAAAGCGAUUCCGACUCUGACGAUACUAGUUCGGAUUCCGACUCGGAUGCUGGAUCCUCCGCAAAAGAAAAACAACGGCAGAAGACCACCAGCGGAUCUGUUAAUGGGACAAAAUCCGAGUCUGCUGCGAAAACGAAGGCGAAGAUGACUUCCAGCUCAUCCGAUUCCAGUUCGGGGGAUGAAUCUGAUACUAACACCGACACCAACACUAACUCAUCGGCAUCCAGUGCAAAGUCAUCUGCUUCCAAAUCGAAGCUAAAAGACAGGUCCAAAAGAAAGAAGCCUGCAUCCUCGUCAUCAUCUUCGUCGUCUUCAAGCUCCUCUUCCUCGUCAUCGACUUCCUCGGAUUCCGAUUCUGGACCUGACUCUUCAUCUAGUUCUAGUUCUGCAUCUUCUUCAGACUCCGAUGCAGGAAAGAAGGAGCCACCGAUAAAGAAGAGAAAAACGGAAAGCGGCAACUUUGUUGCAAAAUCGACGAAUGCGGUGGAAUCCAAACCGAAUAAAGUGCUGAACGGAGAGCGUCUUCCUGAUAAGCCCGUAAAAGGAAGCAUUUCCAGUACGCCGACUACCAUUGACACUAGAAGCACGUCAACUCCUACCACGACGAGCACGCCAAUCGCCGACAGGAAUAUUAAAAUAGAAAAGCAAGCGCGAAAAAACAACGCUCCGUUCCAACGCAUAAAAGCCGACUCUGUCAAGUUUGUAGACGAGCGGCUCAAGGAUAAUUCUUACCACACACAUAUUGGGAAGACCGGUGAUUAUGGAGCGAAGGCAAAUGCUGAUUUAAUCGUAACGCGUGGCGACGGCUUUCGAAAGGAGAAGAAUAAGAAGAAACGUGGAAGCUACCGAGGCGGAGAGAUAUCCUUGGAGUCCCGCAGUAUCAAAUUCACCUAG